AUUUCCAUUUCGGUAGACUACGGAGAGACAACAAGCCGCUAGAUUCCAGGAAGAUCUAUUUUCGUCAGGAUUUUGUCGCGAUCGAAGAAGAAUUCUCGCGAUUCUGCCUUUUCGUAGGCAAAGAAAAGUGCGACGAUACGAUCUUCGUUGUCAAAUAAGUGUACCUCAAUCAAGAAAAUUUCAAAAUGGAUUAUUCCUACUUCAAGACGGAAAUGUCCAAGCGUAGACGACCUGCCACGACACGGGAAUUGACUAAAAUGGCGUAUUCCGCAUCGAAAAGCAUUAUUUCCCUGGCGGAAGGAAUGCCCAACGAAGAAACGUUCCCGUUCACAGAAAUCUCGAUUAAACUCUACGACAACUCGUCUUUUACUCUCGACAAGAAAGAAUUAGCCGCCGCUCUCCAGUAUAUACCCACACAAGGUUAUCCUCCCCUCGUACAGGCCCUCCGGGAAUUCCAGAGAAGGGCACACGCGCCACCCUUAUGGGAGAGCCGCGACAUAGUCGUUGUUUCGGGGGCUCAGGAUGGCGUGAGCAAGGUUCUGGAAGCUGUGAUCGGCACUGGUGAUCCGAUCUUGGUUCCCGAUCCCUGCUAUCCUGGCGUCGAAAUUGUGGUGGCACCUCAUCAAGCGGAGGUCAUAACAAUCCCUCAAGACGACGACGGUCCUGCUCCGGAAAUACUCAGGGAGAUCCUGAGGAGCCGGAAGUUGUCCGGCAAGAAAAUGCCGAAGAUAAUGUACAUAAACGCCACAGGCACGAACCCGACCGGCAUCAUUAUACCUUUGGAGAGACGAAAGGAAAUCUACCAUAUUGCAUGCGAGUACAACUUUUUGAUCCUCGACGACGACCCUUAUCACUUCAUGCAUUUUGAAAAAGAGGAACCUCGGUCCUUCUUGUCGCUCGACACGGAAGGUCGGGUGAUCAGGUUGGACUCGUUCUCGAAGGUGGUUAGUAGCGGCAUUAGGGUGGGUUUUGUGACCGCCGCGGCCCCGCUGGUAGCCAGCGUGGAGCUUCACCUACAGAGCAGCCAUCUCCAUGCGCCUACUUUAUCGCAGGUGAUACUCUACAAACUGAUGAAGAUGUGGGGUUACGAAGGUAUAAUGCAGCAUUACAUGAGACUGAGGUGCUUCUACAAGGAGCGAAGGGACGUUAUCGCGGCGUUGGCGCGCAAACAUUUAAACGGUCUGGUGGACUUUAAUGUGCCGAAGGGCGGUUUCUUCCUGUGGAUCAAAGUGCGUGGUAUCGAAAAUACAUGGAAAAUGAUGAUGCAGCGCGGUAUCACGGAGGGUGUCAUUAUGGCACCGGGAGCCGCAUUUAUGACAGAUACCUCGAAACCCUGCAACGCCAUCAGGGCGAGUUUCGCCAAAGCUUCUUACAAGGACAUGGAUUUGGCGAUGGAGCGAUUGGCGCAACUGAUUAGAGCGGAGUUAACUAAGAAUUACACAAUCGAGAAUGUGGACUCGCGAUAACGCGAGUGAUAUCGCGCACGAUGUAGUUGAUAUCGUGGGAAUUGUAAGUUUCAGUCGGUAUUAAAUAAGAAUGGGUGGUUGAAAUGCUAUUACUGCCCGAGUAGAUUGCUUGGAAUAAGAUGAGAGGAACGUACCAGAUAUCGAUAGAGGCAAACGAGCUACGUAAGAUUAAGUAUGGUGUACAUUUGGCUAAACAGUGAGUGGUGUUGAGAAAAAGGUAUCUGAAUAAUCAUCAUUUGCGAAAACACUGAACACAAUCGAGUAAUUUCUUUAACAUUGUUUUUAUCAAUAUUUAAUAUCCAAUAAAUUAUUAAUAAUCAUACAUACUGGCGCCUACACCGUACGUGCCGCUCGAUGACAACGACGCGGCAACAUCGCGAUCGACUUUCCAUUAGCUAUUUAUCAUCUAUAGAAUCGUUGGUAAUUAGCUUAAGUACCGUUAUUUUACAUAUAAUACCCGCCACGCAUAUAUUUGCUUCGAAGCGUCUGCGAAGCAUAUUCUAAUCGAUUUUUCUCCACAUCUCUUCCUCCCUCUUUCUCUCUCUCUCUCUCUC